AAAUAGAAUGUGACAGACUCAAAAUGGAUAGAUCGGAGGCUGAUUUUUUGAGACAACUGCUGCGGGGAACCGAGGGCGGAUCUGUUGAUACCUUAGAAGGAAGUACUACUAUUGCUGCUUCUGAAAAUAUUGCCGGGAGCCUAUUCCCGGAAGACGAUUUUGUAGACACCUAUUUGACCGACUAUGACCCCUUCCGGCCGGAGAUUGUAGUUACAGAGAAAGGCGCCAGAGCACUGUGUUACGGAGGAUACGUCUAUUCGCUGAACAAAGCCAGUGCGCACAGUAUAUACUGGGUAUGCAGGGAACAUGGUAUGGGUUGUAGAGGUAAAGUGAGAAGCAGUUUGUCGAUGGAUUUGUUGAGAGAUGUCAAUCAUCACAACCAUGCUCCAAGUCCAGCCGAGGUUCGCCAAGUUAAAGCCAAAGCUGCAAUUAAAAGCAAAGCCUCAGAGGCAUACAAACCAAAAGAGAAAUCUUCGAGUAAAAGCAAACCGGCAAAUGCACAUUCUAAUGAAGUUACAGGUGCGGAACUAGUUAAUAUGAAGUUAGAGCCAAGUGGAAGUGGAGGAGCAUCUGGUUUUCUGGAUGACGGUCUUCUGUUCUUGGACACUGCAGCAGAAGAGCUUCCAAUGGAACCAAGUGUUCUUGAAGAGGUGAACAUAGAUGGAAUCUGGUCCAUGACUAAAGAGGCCACGCCAAAGAGGUUUCUGCUGUACGACAAUCGCAGCUCAGGUCAGAGUCGGCUACUUGUUUUCGCAACAGACGAGCAGCUGGGAUACUUGGCUUCUCAAACAAGGCUGUACAUGGAUAUUAGUCCAUCUUUGGCACCUUCAUUAUUCAAAUAUCUGGUCAUUCUAAUGACAGACUUAGGCGAAGAGAUGAUUCCUUUGGUUUACGCUUUUGCAGCCGGUGAUUCUCCGGAUAUUUUUGAGGAAAUUUUUACAGUGAUCCUUAGCAAGUGCCAGGACCUAAGCUUACGAUUAAACCCAAUCAAAUUUAUUUUGGGUUACAACGUGAAUUGCGUUGAUGCCGUUAAGCGAUUGUUCGGCAAUGAUUUUGCGCACGAGGGGAAGUUUUAUCAUUUGAGUCAGUUUGUAUGGCAUAGUAUCCAGACUCUGGAACUGACGGGUUUGUGUCAGCAGUCGGAGACGUUCAGACUCAUCUGCUGUGAGCUGGUAGCACUUGCAUUCUUACCUCCCGAUCAGGUGUGGGAGGGCAUGGGCUUCAUCAAACAGACGGCAAUUCGUGAGUUAGAGAAUGGAGCUAUGAGGGAGGAGACACGAGGCCAAGACGGACAUGCUUACUCUGAGAAGGUCAAGGAACUUCUGGACAUGUUCGACACUCUGUUUGUCACAGGGCGUGUAAGUGGAAAACAGAAGCCAAACGGAGACCUAGAAGUGUACCAAAUGCCGCCAAUGUUUCCAGUGGAGGCCUGGAAUCUGUUUUCGAGGACACUCAAUGAGGAUCCAACAGGAAGGAACAACAUUCUGGACACUUGUGGAUCCCAUCUAAGUUAUGUGAACUCAGUGACGAAGCCGCAUGUGUUCAAGGCACUCUCACUCAUUCGACAGGAACAAAAGGUUGCGAGGGAGAAGUUGGCGUCGUUCAAUGAGGGCGUGUUUCCAAAGAAAAGAGCCAAGAAGAAUCUCGUUCAAGGUCAACAAAAACUGGCCAGUUUGUGCAGCCACUACGCCAAUGGUCAACUGACUCGCGAUGCCUUUCUUGCCAGCGUUGCCAGAAGCAUCCGCAUUGGAGAUUGGUAAAAACUGAACGAAAAUGAAUAUGAAACAAAACAUAGAACGCAAGCUGGAGUUAGAUAGGAGGUCGUUGAUAUCGUUUUCAUUCACCGAUGGAGAUUUGUCCGUUUUAAGAAGAGACCGGUGCAAUGCUAAGAAGAAAAAGAAUACCAGUGGCCUGGAAAAACAGUUUGAAGGAUAAACGUAACUCAACUUUGAAAACAGCGUUUGAUGCUUCAAUUUAGAUUACAAUUUUGUUCUAAAAGAAAAUUGAUUUUCUUUCUUGGUC